UGAAAACACGUGUGUGUGCGACGAGCGUGCGGCUAAGAAUUAAGUGCGGACCUAAAAUAUAGAGAAAUAGUUUGAACAAUCAUGACGGACCUGCUGAAGUUAAGCGAUGCGAUCGUUCUGGAGUACCUGCAGUCGAAAGACAAGAACCUGGCCAAGGUUUUCCAGCAGAAGACGAAGGCGGCUAGCGUAGCUAAGAACACGCCGAAGCUGAGUGAGAUUCUGCAGUUCUACCAGACCAAGAGCACCACCAAGAUCCCGGCCAUCAAAGCGACGGCGGCCGACAGUAGCGAUGACAGCGACUCAGACUCUGAGGCGGAUGCGACUCCCAAGCAGCCAGCAGCUCCACUGACAAACGGCAAGGCCGCAAAGAAGGCAGCCUCUUCCAGCAGCGAAGACAGCGAUUCCGAGGAGGAGAAGCCGGCGGCAAAGGCCACUCCGGCCAAGGCUGCUCCCGCCGCAAAGAAGGCAGACUCCUCCAGCGAGGAUAGCUCCUCGGAGGAAGAGGCACCUAAGAAGGCGGCGACACCAGCCAAGCCAGCUCCGGCCAAGGCGACUCCCACCAAGAAGGCCGCCUCCAGCAGUGAGGAUAGCAGCUCCGAGGAGGAGGAGGCAAAGCCCGCCGCCAAGGCCACACCGGCUAAGGCUGCACCUGCCAAGAAGGCCGCCUCCAGCAGCGAAGACAGCAGCUCAGAGGAGGAGGCCAAACCAGCCGCCAAGCCUGCAGCCAAGGCUGCACCGGCCAAGAAAGCCGCGUCUUCCAGCGAGGAUAGCGACUCCGAUGUCGAGCCUGCAGCUAAGAAGCCUGCAGUCCAGCCUGCUGCUAAGCCUGCCGCCAAACCAGCCGAUUCCAGCAGCGAGGACAGCGACUCCGAUGACGAUAAGAAGCCCGCAGCAAAGGCUCCGGCCAAGGCAGCCCCUGCCAAGAAGGCCGCUUCUUCUAGCGAGGACAGCUCCUCGGAAGACGAGGCACCUAAGAAGGCGGCAGCUCCAGUCAAGGCUGCUCCUGCCAAGAAGGCUGACAGCUCCAGUGAAGACAGUUCUUCAGAGGACGAAGCACCUAAGAAGGCGGCUCCGGUAAAGGCCUCGCCGGUCAAGGCGACUCCAGCUAAGAAGGCUGCUUCCUCUAGUGAUGACAGUUCCUCGGAAGACGAGGCACCCAAGAAGGUAGCUGCUGCACCAAAGGCCACACCGGCCAAGAAGGCCGAUACAUCAAGUGAAGACAGCGACUCUGACGAGGAGGAGGCUCCUAAGAAACCGGCUGCCAAGCCUGCUGCAAAGGCUACUCCCGCCAAGAAAGCCGAUUCAGAGGACUCGUCGGACGAUAGCGACAGCUCUGAGGACGAAAAGCCGGCCAAGGCUGCUCCCAAGGCUCCGGCCAAGGCUGCCGCCUCGAGCAGUGAGGACUCUAGCGACGAUGAGACGCCAGCGGUGAAGCCAGCUGUCAAGAAGACAGCUGUUCCCGCUAAGAAGGAGCAGAGUAGCAGCGACGACAGUGACACUGGCGAAGAGUCCGGCGAGGUCAAGCCCCAGGCCGUGGCCAAUGGCGGACCGAAGGCCGGUCAGAAGCGCAAGUUAAGUGGUGGAGACCAGGACGAGGCUACCCCCAACAAGAAGUACAACAACUUUGUCAAAUCCGGAGAUCAGCAGAAGAAUGAAUUCGCCUCCACACCCAACAACAACUAUAGUCGAAACAAUCAGUUGAACAAUAGCGGAGGGGGAAGUGGCCGACGGUCACCCUUCCGGCGGGUUCGCACCGAGGAUGUGCUGGUGGACUCCCGAGUCCAGGACAUGUCCUUCGAGGCUAAGAAAAACGCGGCCGGAUCUUGGGGUGAGAGGGCCAACAAAGACCUGAAGCACACGCGCGGUAAGUCCUUCAAACACGAGAAGACCAAGAAGAAGCGCGGCAGCUAUCGAGGCGGCCAAAUUGACAUAGGAGUCAAUUCAAUAAAAUUUGACUAGAUUUAUACAUACACUAUGAAAUAAUCAAUAUUCUAACGGAUACGUUUAGUCAGUAAGCAACAGGAGUAACUAUGUAGAAUAGUUCCUUUAUGCAAUAAUUUCGCCAACUUGUAAAAUCUUUCCAAACUUUUAAUUUGACUCGCGGUAGUACGCACAUCCGGGGUGCUACGUAAAUCUUCUCCAACUUGUUUGGAAUAGAUUUGUGCGCCGCCCCGAAAUGUGAACUGAUUCAUACGAACUGACGGACAGUAAAACCGUGACCAAGACAACUUUUUAGUCACAUAUUCACUGCAUUUUAGUAAUGGUUAUUACGACUUUAGCGGACAAAAACUUCUUUCUCUGAUAGCUCUGGAUGUAGACGGAAGACUUCUUAUAAACCUUUUUAGACGUAAAUCCUUAUACAUUAUUUGUAUUGCCUUUAUGUAACCAAUAUUGUAAUUCUUUAUUUGAAAAGGUUUAUUAAAAAUCAAAGACAACACCCAUCGGAUUUGUCAGUCGCUUGACCAAACAGAACGACUGCCUAAUUCGAUUAGUGUUCAAUACAUUUUCCGUUAA